CCCUCACUCCGGCUCAACCUCAGUGUCAUCAAUAAAUGCCCCUGUUCCUCCGGAUGUUCCGAACCAUUCAGGGUCCGACCCCGGAAAUUCCCCGGAUGGCCUCCACAUGGCUUGACAUCAGUCUAUUGUUUGUUCGGUCUGUUGUUGCCCCGGGUUUCGCUGUCGGUCGAUUGUAUACCGAUUGACUUUGUUUGCUGAGGAUGCUAUAAAAGUGUGUUUGGUUUCUCUGGUCAUAUCAUCAUUCCAAACGGUCGCUGUUUAACCAUGUGGUCUCUGUCGUUCCUCCUAGGCCCGGCUCUCUUAGCUUCCGUGAGCCAGGCCAGCAAGACACCAUACGACGAGUAUAUCCUCGCGCCUUCCACGCGGAAUCUGGUUCCUGAAACCAUUUACCAGGUCAAUGGCUCUGUUUCGAACGCAGACGUCCUAACCAACCCUGGUUCAGGAAAUGCUACAUUCAACGGUCCUGCAUCUGUGACUUUCGACUUUGGCCGAAACAUCGGCGGCAUAGUCUCUCUUGACAUCGCAUCUGUUUCUUCCUCUGAUGCAUUCGUGGGCGUUACCUUUACUGAAUCCAGUCUCUGGAUCAGCAGCGAGGCAUGUGAUGCGACAGCAGACGCGGGGUUCGACUCUCCCUUGUGGUUCCCGGUCGGCCAAGGCCCUGGGAAGUAUAUUGCUGAGAAGAAGCAUCUUCGGGGUGCAUUCCGGUACAUGACGGUGGUGACCAACACGACGGCUUUGGUUUCUGUGCGCAGUGUUCGCGUGAAAUACACGGCUGCUCCGACGCAAGACCUCAGGACGUACAAUGGAUACUUCCACAGCGACGACGAACUGAUCAACCGGAUCUGGUAUGCUGGUGCAUACACCCUCCAGCUUUGCACGAUCGAGCCGUCCACUGGCGACAGUCUGACUACCCUGGGUGAGAUCUCGUCCACCGACAACAUCACCCUUCCCGAGACUGUGCCGUGGUACAAUAACUACACAAUCGCCAACGGCAGCACGGUUCUAACCGAUGGAGCAAAGCGAGACCGUCUCAUCUGGCCUGGCGAUAUGUCCAUCGCGGUGGAAAGCGCCGCAGUUAGUACGGGGGACCUGGAAAGUGUGAAGAACGCACUAGAAGCCCUGUUCUCUCAGCAAAAAACUAAUGGCCGCAUGCCGUACGCUGGACGUCCAUUUACCGACCAAGUCAGCUUUCCGUAUCACCUUCACAGUCUCAUCGGUGUGUCGGACUACUAUCGCUUGACCGGAGAUCGUACAUGGUUGUCCAAGUACUGGAUUCAGUAUAAGCGUGGUGUGCAGUGGGCGUUGUCGAGUGUGGACCAGACCGGUCUGGCCAAUAUUACUGCUUCUGCAGACUGGCUGCGUUUGGGCAUGGGUGCUCACAACAUCGAAGCAAACGCCAUCCUCUACUACGUCCUCGAUCAGGCCCAAGACCUAGCAACCACCCUCCACGACCAAGCAGCCACCAACUGGAGCAGCAUCGCCUCGGGAAUCAAAAAAGCCGCCAAUCAACGCCUCUGGGAUAGCGACGCAGGACUAUACCGCGACAAUGAAACCACCACUCUCUAUCCCCAGGACGGAAAUGUCUGGGCAAUCAAAGCUAACCUCACUCUUUCUGAGAAGCAAUCUUCCAUUGUCUCGUCGUCCCUCCGCUCCCGCUGGGGUCCCUAUGGUGCACCUGCCCCGGAAGCUGGGAAGACUGUCUCCCCUUUUAUCAGCGGGUUCGAGUUGCAAGCACACUAUCUUGCCGGAAAAGCCGACGCAGCACUCGCACUCAUGCGCACACAGUGGGGAUUCAUGCUCGAUGAUCCGCGCAUGACCAACUCAACCUUCAUCGAGGGCUACUCGACCGACGGAUCAUUGGUGUAUGCGCCGUACAACAACGACCCGCGUAUCUCGCACGCGCACGGCUGGUCUGCGGGACCUACAGCUGCCCUCACAUUCUACACGGCCGGUCUGCAUCUCACGGGUCCAGCGGGAUCGACGUGGAAGUUUGCGCCGCAGCCCGGGAAUUUGACGGACGUGGAUGCUGGGUUUGCGACGAGGCUGGGUGCGUUUUCUACCACGUUCAGUAGGACGGAUGACGGGUUCCAGCGGGUGUCGUUUAAUGCGCCUAAUGGGACGAUGGGGGAUGUUGAGCUUGCUGGGACUAAGGGCUCUUUGGUCUCGAGAGAAGGAAAGCGAGUUGAUCUUGUUAAUGGAAAGGCCAAGGGUUUAGCGGGUGGACACUGGGAGUUAAAGUGAUGCGUGUGUAUCCUAGGAAUGUACCUACUAGGUGAUUGUAUGAGCUAGUCAAAAAGAAAAUCGAUAUCAUGCGUUC